GCAUCAGCAGCCAAGCCUCUGACUGCUGCCUGAAGAUGAGCCAGAGGAACAUCCCGCUGAGCCUGGUGAGGUCCUACAGCAUGCAGGGACCCGAGUCGGGCUGCCUGCUGCAUGCUGUCGUGUUCACCACAAGGAAAGGCAAGAAGCUCUGCGCCUCCCCGGCCAACCCUGCCGCCCAGAAGGUGAUGAAGAAGUUGGACAAGAAGAACGCGCAGCCCGCGGCGCCAUGCAGAAAAGCCUUGCGGAAGAAGGGGCAGCAACCCUAG